AGAACACCUGGGGUGAAGACUCGCAAUAGAAGUAUUGUAGAAUGUAUAAAGUAUUCUAGGGCGCCAUCAAACGUUCAUCUAUCAUCUGCCUGCAAUUUCGUCGAAAUACCUCAAUCCUGAGCACCAUCCUAUUCAUUCUGGAAGCAACAAUGGGCAGUAUUCCGCAUUACUUCAGCACAUCCGGGGACAAGAGUUCAGAGAACGCACUCCCAGCGUCAUGGUACACAUCGAAAGAGAUAUACGAGCUCGAACGACGCGCAAUCUUCUCGAAAAGCUGGCUCCUCAUCUCACAUAAAUCACGUCUUACCCAGACCGGAGACUGGCUGCGUUACAGCUUCGCAAGCUACGACAUCGUGGUGACUCGCGACAGGACCGGAGCCAUCAACGCUUUCCACAACAUAUGCAGGCACCGCGCACACCCAGUCAUCGAGAGCGAGGGCGCUGGCAACAACAAGAUCCUCGCCUGCAGAUACCACGGCUGGUCAUAUGGGCUCAACGGGAAACUUGCAAAGGCGCCUGGAUGUCAAGACCUGGAGCUCGAUAAAGACCAGAACAGUCUGUUUCGCUGCCACACAAAGAUGGACAGCAAUGGGUUUGUUUGGAUCAAUCUGGACGCCAAGCAGACACCGGAGGUCGCAUUCGAGAAACACUUGACCAACGUGGAAGAUGCGCAUUACCAGAUCAAUUUCGACGAGUACACAUUCGACAGAGAAUACAAACCCGAAGUGCUGCAGCGCAACUGGAAGUAUGCCUUGGCGGGCCCAACGCCGGGCCGUCUUGGGAACGAGCUUGGCGCUGUGAGCACGCAUUACUUCCCGAAUGCCGCCUCCACCGUGUCGUCUAAGCUCAUCGCGCUUGAAAGGGUGUUUCCGCAGGGACCAGACAAGACAGCGAAGCACGUCGAGAUGUACCGGCACAAGAACUGCUCUGAUGGAGAUUGGGAGACGAUCAGCGAUGUCUAUGUGCACGGUGUCAAGGCGGAGGAGGGUGCCGAGACAGCACCUCUCGCCUUCCAGACUGCCGUGCGUGAUGCCGUUACAGAGCACUACAGGCAGGAGCAGGCCGCCGGCAAAGAGAUCUGGCCCGCCAGGCCGGUGGCCAACGGGAUCGCGGACCAGGCGGACGAGGACGAGAGGUUCUGUGCUGGGCUAGCUUGUGGGACGCAGAGCAGGGUGCUGGCGUGGUGAAUGUGAUGUAGGGCUGUGUCUGGGGUGGGUGUCUAUCUAGGGCUUGCAUCGCAAGAUGUAGUAUAUUGCGUCGUGCCCUUGCUGUUUUGCAAGACGCUGUCAAAUC